AUGGCCACUAUUCUUCUCAAACCACCUCUCUACCCAACUCUCACAACUACAACCACAGGAAUCCUGCUCUGGCGUACGAUCGUCCUCGUCUGGCUCGCACUUGCAACCCCAUCCCUCCCUCCAUACGCCCCUCCGCGACCCAACCUCUUCGCCCUCCUCGCUCUCCUGGCUCUGCGCCACGAUCCGUCCUAUCGCGAUUCCCUCCGCCACACUUCCAAUCGACCUCCUGGCACUUUUAGCGCUACCAAGCGGAAUAGACUCCUCCGCUGGGCUGCUAACUCUCUCAAUCUUAUGUACGUCCUCUCCUUUCGUCUCACAUCACCCUGCAUAACACAUACAUUUCCCUCCCUCUUUCAACCUCCAACGCCCAAAGCCUUGACUUCACCCUCACCCUCAUCUCCGUCGUCUUCAACUACUUAUGCCUCCCCCUUCUUCCUCCGCCGCAUCCUCGAGGCCAUCAACGACCAUACCGAGCUGGCAAAGCCGAAGCGCAGCCAGGGGUCCAAGCAGACCUCCAACACCUCUGGCGCUCAAGCGGAAAGCCUUUUCGGGCACGCGAUGAUGAUAUCGGGGAUAUAUUUCAUCUACAGGGCACCGUUGGAGAUUAUCAUCGUGACUGUAUUUUUGUACCAGUGCGUUUCCCCACACUUUCGUUUCUCCCUCCUUAUCCUACACCCUUACACUUCACCGUCCCACCCCAAAAGCAGACUACCAGGCAUCUCCGCCUUCGCAGGCUUCAUCGACGUCCUCCUCGGCUGGCCGCUUAAUUCGUCCAUUACGAGGAGCAGCAUAAGGAUACAGAAGGGCGUCAUGGCGGCGAGGGAUAGGAGGAUGGGGUGUUGA